AUGGCCCAGUACGACGAGACCAUCCUACAUAUCGCCGGCAGAGUGGACCACUGGGAGGUGAUCGACUUCAUGCAGACGCCCUUGGGCAAAGCUUUGGUGGAUGCAAGGACCACGACAGGCUUCUCGGCGCUGCACUUAGCCGCAGCCCUGGGAAACCUUCGUGCCACCGACUCCCUGCUGCGCUUGAGAGCGGGCAUCGACUGGAGGACCUUGCAUGACGUGACUGCACUACACAUCGCCACGGAAGGGGGCCAUCUGGACGUCGUCCAGUACCUCCUGUACAUGGGUGCAAACGCAUCGAUACCGUGCAACUGCUUCCACGUUCACCAUUCUUCCUUGGAUUGGCAUCUGCCCCGGGACUCCCCCAACUUACUCAACGUGCAGGUCGGUGGCCAGGUCAGCUUCAACCUCUCAGAGUUGGAGCUGCCCUAUGACGAGAGGAGGCCGAGCCGUUGGGUGUCAGGGGCAGUCGAAGCGAUCGAGGAGGACCCGGAAUCGCCCGAUCGGUUUGACGACAUUCUCAUGGUCAACACAGGGGAGGUCACCUACAGCAUCUCACGCUACAACUGCAUGCCGCACCUUCGUUCCACCCUCCUGGAGAACCGGCACGUGAUUCAACCAGGAGAGACCGUCUAUGUCAAAGCUCCGAUCUACUGCAACGCCGGGGAUUGGAUCCUGGUGCCAGGGGACGUCGGCCAUGUGGUGGCUGUGCAUGCCAGUGGGGAGUACGAGAUCGAAGCAGCCUGGGACUGUUCCAAGUCUCGGUACCUCGCCACCAGGGAGGACCUCAUGCCCUAUCUGCAGGAGGAGGCGCUUCAGUGCGCCGCCCGAUGCGGGCACGCGGACAUCGUCGAGGAGCUCCUCCGAGCGCGAGCGGAUGUCCUUGCCGGACCUCGAACAGCGCUCCAGGCGGCUGCGCAUGCGGGCCAUGUGGAGAUUGUGAAAAUGCUGAUCCAAGCGCGUGCCGACGUGGACGCGCCAUGGCUGGCGACCGUGCAGCAUUGA